GACCCGAUUUCGGGUUUUACCAGACUGAGAGACUGCAGGCAGAGCUUAUACGAUACGAGCUCGAGAAAGCGAAACUUACCAGUGAAGUCUAAGACAUGGCUUCGACUGCAAGGCAGCGGCGAACGUCGGCGCCCGAUCUCGGAACGGCCUCCUCUGCGUACUCCAAGCUGGACAAACGGGAACGUCGGCCCAGUGACGCUGACCAGGGGGUCGGAUGGCUCCUGCCUUUGUUGGUGCUGGGAAUGCUUCGGUACAUGAGCGCGUCGUCCAAUAUAAUUCACGAUUGCGAUGAAGUCUUUAAUUACUGGGAGCCUCUCCAUUUCCUUCUCUAUAAAUCCGGCUUCCAGACAUGGGAAUACAGCUCCCAGUUUGCACUGCGGUCGUAUUUGUAUAUUAUUUUCCACAACUUAGUUGGAUUGCCUGCAUCUUGGUGGUUUGGUGAAGAAAAAGUGAGAGUCUUCUAUGCAGUCAGAAUCUUUCUUGGCAGUCUUUCUGUCAUUGCAGAUGCUGCUUUAGUUGUUGCCCUGUCCCGGAAGUAUGGUAAACGCCUCGCUUCAUAUACGCUGGCCAUGCUAUGCUUGUGCAGUGGUUGUUUCUUUGCUAGUACGAGUUUCUUGCCAAGUUCAUUCUCUAUGUAUGCGAUGUCUCUAUCAUCGGCACUUUUUCUUUUUGAGAGACCUGCUGCUGCUGUUGCAGUUGCAGCCACUGGGGUCAUUCUUGGUUGGCCUUUCUCAGUUUUGGCAUUUCUGCCUGUUACUGUUUUCUCCUUGCGUAAAAAUUUUAAGUUAACAUUUGUGUCUGGUGUCGUAACUUCCCUAACCCUUCUGGCACUUUCUGUUCUUGUUGACUACUUCUACUACAGCAAAUGGACCUCUUCUGUUCUCAACUUAUUGAUAUAUAACGUAUUGGGUGGCGGGGAGAGUCAUCUGUAUGGUACUGAGGGACCAUUGUUUUAUCUGAAGAAUGGCUUCAAUAACUUCAACUUUUGUUUUGUCCUGGCUCUGCUUUUCAUUGUAAUCCUUCCUGUUGCAAAGAAAAAGUAUGUUCCAGACUUCUUGGUCAUCAUCUCGCCCAUGUAUAUCUGGAUAGCUUUUAUGUCUCUGCAGCCGCACAAGGAAGAGAGAUUCCUUUACCCAAUAUAUCCUCUUAUUUGUGUUGCUGCUGCAGCUGUCAUUGAGAUCUUUCCUGAUUUAUUUCGGGAUAAGUACAAUCCCAAUGACAGUUCUGUACUUGUUGUGAUAGCAAAAGGUCUGCGUCCUCUGGUUCUUGGUCUUAUCUUGUGUGCAUCCCAUUCCCGGACAUUUUCCUUGAUCCACGGUUAUUCAGCUCCUUUGGAGAUUUACAAACAUUUGGAGCACCAUGAUGAUGCAGGGGAAGGCUCUGUCCUUUGUGUUGGGAGCGAAUGGCACCGUUUCCCAUCAUCAUUUUUGGUCCCCGACUACGUGAAAGAGGUCAGAUGGAUAGACGACGGGUUCAAUGGCCUUCUCCCAUUUCCUUUCAACUCAACGCUGGGCGGAACAUCUGCAGCUCCACCAUAUUUCAACAACAAGAAUCAUGCAUCAAAUCAACAAUAUCUUCAUGAUAUAGAUAAAUGCACCUUCCUUAUAGAACUGCAUCUUCAAAGACCGUAUAUCCCUCGGGGUAGCGACUUAAAUACUUGGGAGGUAGUUGCAGCAUUGCCUUAUCUAGAUCGAGAAAUGUCGCCGCCGAAGUUCCGGUCCUUUUUCAUUCCAUACCUUUGGCAGCAGAAGAAUGUGUUCGGGCUAUACAAACUACUGAAAAGAAUACCCGAAUCAUAGUCUGGUUAGUUGUCUAAUAC